AUGGUCACGUGGACUGUCGAUCCUGCGGCCAAAGAGAACGAGGCCAUCCGACUUGCCGCUCAGCAUGGUCACGUGGACGUGGUGAGGGACCUCCUGGCUGACGACAGUGUCGAUCCUGCGGCCAAAGAGAACGAGGCCAUCCGACUAGCUGCCCUGUAUGGACAUGUCGGCGUGGUUGAGCUCCUCUUGGCUGACCACAGUGUCGAUCCUGCGGCCAAAGAGAACGAGGCCAUCCGACUAGCUGCCCUGUAUGGACAUGUCGGCGUGGUUGAGCUCCUCUUGGCUGACCACAGGGUCGAUCCUGCGGCCAACGAGAACGAGGUCAUCCGACUAGCUGCCGCAGGAGGUCACAUCGGCGUGGUGGAGCUUCUCAUGGUCAACGAGAACGUGGAUCCUUCGGCUAAGGACAACCUGCCCAUCUUUGAGGCUGCCUGUAGAGGCCACAUCGGCGUGGCGAAGCUCCUCAUGACCAACGAGGAGGUGCGCGCAAAGUUCGCAGAAUUGACAGACGAAGAGCGGAGUGCUCGUGCUGCUGAAUUCUUUCAAUGGACGAAAGUAGCUAAUCUCCGGGACAGUAUGGAUCUCCGGGACAGCGUGCUCAACUGCGUCGCACCGCAGGCCACCCCCCCUCCCCCCCCGUCAAGCGAUGCAUCAUCGCCUUGCUCGGGGUCCUCACCGCGACUUCGCUCGAGCCCACGCCUCGUUGACCCUAUCCCCACACCCCACACGGGCAUGCAUCUCGGACCCUCGGGCUUACACCGUUCUACUUCGAACAAUCGGCAACUCCAAGCUCAAGAGCGCAGCCACCGACAUCAUGAACGUGUUUGACAAGGCAGUUCGCGACAACUGCCUCAACUAUCAUGUUGCAUCCGCCGCUAUGGCACUCUCCUUGAACGGCAUGGCAGCGACAACCAGAAGACAGCGCACGUCUGGGGAGUCAUCGUCGGCCGCAAACGUUCUUCCUGCCGGUUCGGGACAACGUGUACUCGCUUUACCUGCCCCUACCGACAUCCAUGUGGUCGUCAAGCGCCGCCUUGAUCGUUAUUUGGGUUGUUCACUCGGGCGGGAGCCCGUCGACCACGUCCAAAGACGGGACCAUGUCUGCACCGGUCACUUUUGCAGCCGCACGGACCAUGGCAGCAGAGUGCGCCUCGGCGUCCACCCCUGUGACCAUUCGCAUGGAGCAGGGCGUGUACACGUUUACCUCGAAAAUCGUCCUCGAGUCGUACGUCACGUAUGAAGGUGGCCUCAUUUACGACGGCGCAGGCGUGUGGCGCAAGUCGAACAAGUUUGUCACCACGCUGCGGCGGACGGGAACUGGCUACGAGACGCCGACCAGCGGUCAGCGGGUGUACAUUGCACUGCAGGCUGUGGGCAAGUCCAACUUCAAGCUCCAGGACCUGACCAUCGAGACCAGCAAUGCUCCGUCG